AUGUACAGGUUUUUAGGACUUGGUACACACCCCAACGAUGAUCAAAACAAAAUACAUGUUUUGGGCAGACAAUAUGAUCCUAUAAAGACUCAAGAAACAGAGGGGAAGGAUCUGGACUUGAAUAGCCGUUUCCAGCAGGUACUGGACAGCAUUAAAGAUGGAAACAAAAAAUCCACUACCUAUUCGCAAUCGUUCAUUGAUGAUGUUUAUUCCAAGAUUUGGCUGACUUAUAGAGCCGGAUUCCCUCCGAUAGCUAGAGACAAGGAUUCCCCCACGUUUACGCUGGGAGCCUUACUACGUGGUCAAUUUGAUUUUAACGAAAUAGGCUUCACCUCUGACGCCGGUUGGGGUUGCAUGAUAAGGACGUCACAGAGCCUUUUGGCCAACGCUCUUCUUUUCCUACAUUUAGGGCGAGAUUGGGUUUUCAAAGCCAAAGACCCCGCUAAUGUCGAACACGAUAGGAUUAUCUCAUGGUUUGUGGAUAUUCCCGAUGAACCGUUCUCUAUCCACAAUUUUGUUCAGCAGGGCAUCAAAUGUUGCGAUAAAAAACCUGGGGAAUGGUUUGGCCCUAGUGCCGCCUCAAGAGCGAUAAAGAAUUUGUGCAAAGAGUAUCCUCCUUGUGGGCUCAGGGUUUAUUUUAGUUCCGACUGUGGUGAUGUCUAUGACACCGAAGUUAGAGAAUUGGCCUAUGGCGACUCCGAUACAUUUACUCCAAUUUUGGUUUUGCUAGGAAUAAGGCUGGGGGUAGAAAAAGUGAACCCUGUAUAUUGGGAUUCACUGAGAGAAUGUCUCUCCUUAAAGCAAUCAGUGGGAAUUGCCGGAGGAAGACCUUGUUCCUCGCAUUACUUCUACGGGUUUCAAGGAGAUUACCUUUUUUAUCUAGAUCCCCACCUUCCCCAAAAAGCUUUAACAUUUGGAAGCACGGAGAAACCCGUUCAUAGGCUGCAAACCAAGAAAACUGACGAAAAUGCUGCUGGACAGUACCCGGUAUCAAAUACUGAUUCAAAUAAUGAAACAAACCAUGAUGACUGCUAUGAAAGCAAGUUAGACAACAGCAAGUACGUUGAAAUUCUUUCGUGUCUUGAUGUCAAAUCAGUCCACACACCAAAAGUGACAAAGCUGCAUUUAUCCCACAUGGAUCCCUCAAUGUUGAUUGGGUUUUUAAUCACCAGUGAGGAUGAUUUCAACGAUUGGAAAGAAAAUAUUGGGAAGAAAGAUCCCUCUCACAAAAUUGUUCAUAUUACUGAAACAAAAGUCUCAGAAUCGACAUCAAACUUUCAAUUCAACAGCCUUCGCAGCAAUUCGAUUGCAGAUUACGAUAAUUGCAGUGGCGAAGAUUGCGAUAGCGCAGCGAUUGCAAGCGAUAGUGACGAUUUUGUUGAUCUUGCUGCUGAUUUUGCUGUUACUGGUCUUGAACCCAGAACUCAUACAGGGGUCGAUGACGAAACUAGCUCGGAUUAUGUCCAACACUUCCCGAUUCGAAGGUUUUCGCAACCAGUCAUUGUAUCCAGAGAAGAUGUAGUUCCUACACUUUCGGAGGAUAAUGGAGUAAUUGCCCUAGAUGAUAAGAUGUCUGGGAUUUCUGUAGGUAGGUAG